UUUGAGGAUUAUGUCAUGAAGUGAUUAAUAUUUUAAAAAUUAUUAACUUAUUUAGUAAUCUUGUUUUAUUUCUUUGUUAAAAAUGUAAAAACCUAUUUAACAAGACUUUUUGUGCUGCCAAAAAGUAUGAUGACAUUGUAUGAUAUUUGGAGUGUUUACUUAUUAAAUGGAGUGCGAUUGUUAUCAAUUCAUACAUUUUAGGCCGUACUAUGAUGCCCCGUAGUGGAAAACUGUGCUAUAAAAAACAGAUUCAGUGUUCGUUUCAUGACAAUGCUUAUAAUGAGUGUAUUUGUUAGUAAAAGUGCAUAGUGGGUCAAUAACAUACUUAUCAGUAAGAUGAAUGACGCCAAGGAGAAUUUUAAAAGCUAUAUCUAUCCCAAAAAUAAUGGAGAGAAAAACGGUUCCUUGCCUGAACCAAAACCAAAGUUAUUAUUAGGAGAGCUGGUGACCGGCCAAGCGGAGCAGGUGUCGCUGCUGCCGGCGUUGAGCGACGGUCGCGGCCGCACCGGCUCGCUCUUCAUCACCAACUACAAGCUGUCCUUCGUGCCGCUGGACACGCACCCCAGCGACGAGUAUGGUCAGAAGAACUACCUACUUGGGCCUUUCGACGUGCCCCUGACGUGCGUGGGGGCACUCUGGCAGACGGACGGGGGCCCCAACAGGCGGAGACGGCUGUUGCCCCGCUCCGAUGUGCCUCCUAAACUGAAGGGACUGCAGAUUGUCUGUAAGAACAUGAAGGUACUAUCGUUCAACUUCUCCCGCUCGCCGCUGGGCCACGGGCGGCAGGUGGCGCUGGCGCUACUCCACCACGCCCACCCGCGCCGCCACGACCUGCUGUUCGCGUUCGAGUGCCGCGCCCCUCGCCGCAGCCCCGCCCCCGCCCCGCCCUCCCCGCUCGCCUACCUCCGCCCCGCGGACUGGCGACGCGAGAUCGAGCGGACGGAUACACAGCACUAUCGGAUCACGUGUAUAAACGGCACAUCGGACGCGUUCAUGCUGUCCGCUGGCGAGGCGCUAGUGGUCCCGCGGUCGGCGCUGGACUGGCACGUGGCGGACGCGGCGCGGCACUUCCGCGGCGGGCGCGUGCCGGUGUGGACGUGGGGGCGAGGCGGCGCGGCGCUGCUGCGGUGCGCCGAGCUCCUCCCCACCGAGCGCGCGCCCACGGCCGAGAGCGUGCUGCUCGAGCAGGUUCGCCGAUCCCAUCCGAAGCUGACGCCUCCCCACGUGAUGCACCUGUGCGGGGCGGGGUCCGGCGUGGGGGGCGGGGCCCGUCUCGCCCUCCCCCCGCUAGAGACGCUCAACGCGGCGUACAAGAAGCUAGUGGAUCUGUGUACGCCGACCACGCUGUCUAUAUUCUGGAUGCAAGACUCCCAGUACUACUCGAUCCUGGACAGCAGCGGGUGGCUGCGGUAUGUGGCGUGCUGCAUCGCGCUCGCGGACGAGGCCGCAGCACACCUCGCCAACAACGAGACUGUCGUGCUGCAGGAAGGUGACGGCGUGGACUACUGCGCGGUGGUGUCAUCGCUAACACAGCUGAUGCUGGACGACCACUGCCGCACGAUAGACGGAUUCCAGGCGCUCAUACAGAAGGAGUGGAUCGCGCUUGGACAUCCCUUCGCGGACAGAUUCGGUCUCCCACGGCCGGGGGGCGAGGAGGCGGGGACGCCGGCGCCGGUAUUCCACUUAUUCCUGGACUGCGUGUGGCAGCUCCAACGGCUAUGGCCGACAGCCUGCGAGUUCACGGAGACCUACCUCACUUCGCUGGCUGAUUCCGCCCACAAUCAUCUCUUUGAUACCUUCCUCUUUAACUCUCCGAGGGACCGGGAACUGGCUGUCGCUAACAGGGAUUACGUCCAGCGGCCGGUGUGGGAUUGGGAGGAGCAGUUCUCCGACGCGGACAUCGCGCUCUUCUACAACCCGCUCUACGAACGCGGCGCCGACUCGAGACUCACUUUAAACUGGAGCGGCUCAGCGUCUGGCGCGGCGUCGCUGGCGGGCGCGGCGUUGGCGAGCGUGGAGGUGUGGUCGCAGCGGUACGAGCGCUGGCUACCGCCGCUCGACGCGCCGCACCACCCGCUACACUGUCUGUACCGGGCGCACGCACAACAGACGCAACGUCUCAGCUCCCGUCUAUCCACGAUAUCGAUAUCGAGCACGCGGUCGGUGGUGCCGUGGCCGGUGUCGCGAUUCUACCCGUUCGGGCGCGGUGCGGGCGCGGCGCCGCUCGACGUGCGGGAUCCCGUCGACGCGGACGACCUGCUCGACUCACAGUCGCUACUCAACGCGCCGGAUUAGACGUACGUUACACGCUCAAUUUCUCAUCAGUUCAGUCUAUCAAUCUGGUAAAUAUUGAGUAUUGACGUGAAACUGAACGUCUAACACACGGAUUGAUGGACUGAUCGUUUUUAAUUAUGCACUUUUUGGUCAUCGGUCUGGCGUCAAUCACAAAUUGAUGGACUGAACUGAUGCCAGAUUGACCGUGCAACCGUUGUCUUAGAAACAGGUAUUAUAAACACCUGUAUUGUGGACCUGUAUAGUAUACAAAAGCAGGAUGCCACUACACCUGUAGUUCUACCGUGAGUUUAAAGCUUUAGUUUUUAUCGAUACUCGAUACCGUAUGGCAAAUUUUACAGCGCCUCUAGAUGUCACUUGCGGAACUAAAAUCGCCAUACUAAAUAUUUACGUAGUCGGUAUCGAGUAUCGAUAAAUGCUAUAGAUUUAAACUCAUGGUAGAGCUACUGUAUACUGUGUAGUAUACAUGUAGGUUGCUAUUACAGCUAUAUUGCUGUAAAUAACUGUCGUGUCAUACCGUGUCUUUGCCUGCCAUUAGACUUUUCCAAUAUGCCAGAUCAAGACAAGCAGGCCUCGUUUUAUCAGCAAGGCUUAUCGCCUUGCUAACUCGUUCCGAGAAUAGUGUGUGAACAAAUAAUGUUGUUGUAAUGUUCCCUGUAUAUUAAUUGCUAUUUGUUCGCGUUGUGGCAUUAUCAGAGAGGCCAAAUUGUGUAAUGACGCGCCCGUACCAUAAACGAUGUAGUUAUUAUAAUAUUAUAUUCUGAUUUCUGUGUUUGUUGUGGUGCUAUGUCGUAAUUAGUGUAAAAUAAUUUUUAAAUUGAACAAACAAACAAAAUAUUAAUUACUUAAUACUUA